UCAACAAAAAAUAAACCUACACUUAGUUUUUAGUUUUAUACUCAUUAAAUGAAAAAAUAGAAUGAAACAAGAAUUUGAUAAUAUAUAGCUUUAUUUGUAUAUAUAACUAAAAAAAAAAAAAGGAAGGUAUAACUAACAUAGAAAUUUUUCAUAUAAUUUCACCCAAAGGAUUUUAUAAUUACAACGUUUACAAUUGUCAAGUAUGCAGUAAAGGCUAUGAUGUAGCAGAGUUGAUUAUAAAAUUCUUAUUUGACUUCUAUUAGUAACUUGUCACUUGAAACGUUCAUUUACAUGUUAAUUACAAUUCGUUUAAACAAUAGCGACAUGCUCCGAUAUGCUACACGAAUAAAAAACAAUAGACAAAUAUAAGAUGUUGUUGUAUACAUUAGUAGGAGGUUAUAUGUUAACGUCAAUAAUACUUUUUAAAUAUCCAACGUUAUUACAUAAAAAGAAACAAGUGAAAUUUAUGUGCCAGCAUAUCAGCCACAGAGGGGGGGCAGGUGAAGGCUAUGAAAACACAAUGCAUGCUUUUAAACGAGCUGUAGCAAUUGGUACACAAAUGUUAGAAUUGGAUUGUCAUUUGACAAAAGAUGGAGAAGUAGUUGUAUGUCAUGACCAUAAUCUUUUACGUAGUACAGGCACAAAUAAGAGUAUUUCAGAAGUAAAUUACAAAGAUCUACCUCUAUUGAAACCACGUCUUCCAAUAGAUUUUGAUCCAGAUGUAGAAUAUAUUGGCACAGAGAAGGAGGAAGAUAGAAGAUUUGCUUUAUUGAAAGAAGUAUUUGAAGCAUUCCCUAAUAUACCAAUUAAUAUUGAUAUUAAAGUUAACAGUGAUGAACUUAUAACCAAAGUAUCUAAUUUAAUAAAGGAAUAUAAUCGAGAGGAGUAUACUGUAUGGGGAAACUUUAAUGAUGACAUAACACAGAAAUGUUAUAAGACGAAUCCUAAUAUAAAUUUAUUAUUUUCCAUGAGACGUGUAACUCUGUUGAUAGUUUUCUUAUACACUGGUUUAUUACCAUUUAUACCUCUAAAGGAAACACAUUUAGAGAUAUUUCUACCUUCCAUUUAUUUAAGAUGCAAAGGAAGUCCAAGUAUAAAAUUCUUACCCUUGGAAAAAAUAAUUAUAAGGACUAUUAAUGUAUUACUAAUGAGGAAGUGCUUAUUUAAUCAUUUAAGAACUCGUGGAAUACAUAUCUAUUUUUGGGUCUUAAAUGAAGAAGAAGAAUUUAAGAAAGCUUUUGAUCUUGGAGCCACUGGUGUAAUGACAGAUUAUCCUACAAAAUUAAAAUUAUUUUUAAGUAAUUGUUCUAUCGAAUAAGACACUAAAUGCAAUGAAUGAGAAUGAUACUAAUAUAUAAGAUACAUAUAAUACAUAAGAUAUUUAUUGAUGUACUUCUGAAAAGUACAUGUACACGCUGUUAUAAAUGAAGAAUGUGUUGAACUUUUAUUUGACAGACAUGUAUUACUUACAGAUUAUGAAAAAAAAUAUUUCUAUUGCUUAGUGUAUACUAACAAAAGGAACUAAGAGCAGCUUGUUUCAAAAAGUUAUACAUGCAUAAGGCAGAUAAAAAUAAGUUUCAAGAAAAUGAAUAGUGACAUAUUAGUAAAAUACAAUGAGAAAAAUAACUAUAAAACGUGUAGACAAAGACACUUUUCGAAAAAAACAUUCUAAAAAUAUUUUCUGCCGCAUUCAAAUAUAUUCGAUAUUUCGAUUAUAUUCAAAAUAGAAAGUUCACAAAGUUCGAUAAUCUAAUCUAAAAAAGUAUUUUAUAAAAUCAUUAUCAUAGAUUUUUAUAUAUUGAAAAGUGAUACACAAAACAUGUUUGAUCAUUACAGCUACAUUAAAUCGCAUUUAUUAUAUAACUGUAUUAUUAUAGUAUUUUGUAUGUACUAAAGCAAACAAAUUGUAAUUCACAGUCAUUAGUAAUAGGGAUGCAAAUAUUAUUAAUAAUAUCGCACACACAAAGUUUAAUUAUUUAUAUAAGCUUUAUUGCAACAUAUCUUUGAGUAUAAAGAUCAAGAAACUGAUAAAUAACCUACAUACUUCUAUAUAAAAUACUCUUUUAAUUCGUUUGUGUAUUUAUAUUUAUCAAGAAGUUGAUAAAAAAUUAAAAAAGAAUAUAUUUACAUGCAUGAAGGUACAUAUAUGCAUUACAAGUACAUGAAUGGAAUAUAACGUUAAGUAUGAUCUGCAAUACUAGACAAUUAUAAAAUGUAAAAGGAAUCAUAUUCAUUAUUUGAUCACUAACGAGUGAUAACCAGUUUAACAGGACUGAUUACAUUUCAUUAUAUUUAUUUGUUAUAUAAUUACUUAAAUUAUACGUUCUUCUGUAUUAGUAUUACUAGUAUCAGAUAACUGUCUUAAUUAUGGUUUCAAAAAUACUGUAAACAGUUCUUAAUCACUUAUAUAGAGAGCUAUUUUACAUUAUGCACAAAUACAUGUACUUUUAUAUUUAGAAUAAAUUCUAACAAUAUUUGUAAGCUACAAUUUUAUAAUUCUUACUGGUACAUAAAUGUUAUUUAUUUGUCAUGUUAUUUGAUCGAUAAUUAUAUCAUAUAUUUUUGCACUUGUCAUUAUGAAAUUUUGUAAUUUCAAAUAUUUUCUCAUACUUGUAUAUUUA